AUGCGCUUCUCCACUCUUGCUUCCGCUGCAGCGGCCAGCGUUCCUGCUGCACUGUUCGCUCAUGCAGCUGCAGCAGGUCAUUACGACUACGUUAUAGUAGGAGGUGGCAAUUCCGGUCUUGUGGUCGCCGAGCGUCUUACAGAGAACUCUGGCGUAUCGGUCCUUGUCCUCGAGGCAGGGAACGACUAUGAUAUUGACUUCAAUGUAACGUGCGUUGUCCCCGGUCUUGACUUGACUGUGACGGGUGGUUCCAUUGUGGACUGGAAUUACACUACGGCACCCCAGGUGAACCUGGCUAACCGACAAGUACCCUACCCCCGAGGUUACAUUCUUGGCGGAUCUACGUCGACGAACUUCAUGGCCUACACUCGUGGUGCCGCAGCCCCUUACGACCAGUGGGCUGCCAUCGGAAACGAGGGUUGGGAUUGGAACAGUGUCCUUCCUUAUUUCAAGAAGAGCAUCCAGUUUACACCGCCUGAGGCCAACCAGUCAUACAUCCCUUACGACGCUUCCCAAUACGCUGGCGAGGGUCCCCUGCAGGUUUCUUUCGGUCACUACAUCGAGCCUAUUUCCAUCUAUUUCGCCACGGCAUUAACGAACAAGACCGGUCCUAAUCUGACGAUGAAGGAGACUAACGAUGGCUCACCCAUCGGUGUCGGCUACCUUGCGACGACCAUCAACCCGAAGAAUGCAAACCGUGACUCAUCGUGGACAAGUUUCGGUCUCACGGCAUCGAGCAGGUCGAACUUCCAUGUUCAGACUCAUACCCUGGCGACGAGGAUUUUGUUUGAAAACUCCUCGUCCGGGGAUUUGGUUGCGAAUGGAGUCGAGUACCGGGACAACAGCGGCGCGAUUCAGGUUGCCUACGCCGACAAGGAGGUUAUCCUGACUGCCGGUGCGUUCGGCUCGCCGCAGCUGUUGAUGGUCUCAGGGAUCGGGCCCGCGUCGCAGCUGCAAGGCAAUGGCAUUGACGUUAAGGUCGAUCUCCCGGGCGUCGGACAGAACCUACUCGACCAUCUGUUCUUCGGACCCGUCUACGAGGUCAUCGACAACAUCACUACGGCCAACCAGUUCAACGCCAACGCCAGCCUGUACGCCGAGUACUUGCGCGAGUGGAAGACUGAGGGUGAGGGCGAGCUCGCAGGUGCUAUUUCCAGCAUGAGCGCCUGGGAGCGUGUACCCGAUGAUGUCUUGGAUUCGAUUGGUGCUCAGGAGUUGAAGAAUCUCCGAUCUGACUGGAACCACAUCCAGCUGGAAGUCAUCGCCUCCGGCUCCGUUCCCAGUGGCAAGGCCGGCAACUAUGUGAGCCCUGCCGCAGUCAUCUCGUACCCCUUCUCCAAAGGCAAUGUCACUAUUGUGUCAAACUCUACCACGGUGAAACCAAUCGUCCAGCCCAACUGGCUUUCGUCCGAGAUUGACCAGAAGGUGGCUAUCUGGGCUUUCCGUCAAGUCCGCGAGGUGAUGCUCUCGGAGACGAUGGCCCCCAUUGUCCUCGGCGAGGCAUAUCCCGGUCUGGACAAGACCUCCGACGAGGACAUCCUUGCUGCCAUCCAAGCGGUCGCACACCCGAUCUACCAAGCUUCCGGUACUUGCGCCAUGAAGGCCCAAUCUGACGGCGGCGUCGUUAACUCGAAGUUGGUUGUGUAUGGUACGAAGAACGUUCGGGUUGCUGAUGCCAGCAUUUUCCCCAUCAUCACCUCUGCGAACACGAUGGCCCCGGUGUACAUGGUCGCUGAGAAGGCAGCUGACUUGAUCAAGGCUGAUCAGUGAGUGGCUGUCGGGGCUGUCAUGAUUUAACUAUUUAUUCGGGGUCGCAUUUCGGACAUCUAUCACCAUCAUUCAUUACCUCUUACAUCGAUAUCAUUAUUAUUAUAGCAGUAGUAUUGUAUAUACAGGUUUGCAUGUCGUAGCUAUUGCCCAUUCAAUCCCAUA